AUGACUUCCAAGGCAUUUUGGCUUACGCUGUCGGUUUUGCUUUUUUACCAAGAUCUUGCAGUUGUAGCUACCAGUCUGAUUAGAAACAUUAAAACAGAGGAACAAGAAGAAGAAUUUAAAGAUACAACAGGGAAAAGUUGUGAAAAAUGGGAAGAAUACAAUGGCGUUCAGUGUGUAUGUGCACGGUCAAGUGGAAACCACUCACGCUGUGAUGGGGAGACUGGAAUGGUUUGCGAUGGCCAAGGGGGGCAAUAUCAGUCGAUUUGUCACUUUUCCCUCAGCAUGUGUCAAGGAAUCCUUUCCUACACAAAAGAAAUCAAAACUUGCGGACAUUGUAAAUGGUUGAUGGUGACCUACAGUGAACCAAAAGUCCCUUCUCAGUCUGUUUUGUAUCGAAGAAAUGAAGAAAGCAAAGGAUACGACACGUACUACAAUUCUCUUGAAGACAAUUCAAAAAUUUUCUACGAAAAGGAAUUAAACGCUUGGGUUAUAGGCAUUAAAAAUGAGACUGGUUCCUUUGUGUCCUUGGUUCAACACGAAAACGUGUUGUUUCCUCAAGAUAAUGCUGGCGGAAUGUUGGUGGUAAACAAAACGGAAGGAUCUACUGUGGACUUGCAAAUCAAUCCAUAUUUUCAGAUAAAAUGUCUGAAAGAUUCAGAUAUUGGCAAAAUAAGAAAACGUGAGAAGAGAUUUAUAUUUACACUGAUAGCAGUUAUAUCUACGGUGGUCUCCGUAACGGCAGUAGCAACAUCCACAACGUUAAAGAUUAUACAGGCAAAAAGAGGAUGCUUAUAUUAUCCCAGUGUGUGUAGAUUAAGGGAUGAAAUUAAAAAUACUUUAAAACCAGAAGUAGAGACGUUGAAGAGAAGCUUCUUGACAAAAUAUGGGGACCCAGAAAAGAUAAAAGGAAAUGUGGAAAAACACAUAGACAUGAUAUCAGAUAUAAAUGAAGCCGUAACCACAAUCAAAGAAUUGCAUGUAAAAUCCAAUUCUAGUCUUUCUGAGCUUACAACACGUUUAGGUUCUCUUACUAUGGAUGUCUCAGGUGUAGCCAAUCUACUGUCCGAGUAUAAUGAAUGGCUAAAUGGUACAAAACUACAGGCGGUUUUUAGCAUAAUAGGGUUUGAAAUAGAGUUAGUAAUCACUGUAGCUACCUUACCCUCAAUUAUUAGUUCAGCGGCAUCGGCAUUAACUGCUGGAAUCGCCAUUUUUACUAGCGUUAUAGCUAUUGGAUUUGCAAUAGCUGAUAUAGUUUCUAGUGUGCAGGAAGAAAAACGCAUAAAAAAUAAAUUGUUAAGCGCUAAAUCAGAAUAUUUAAGGGCCCGAAGAAAUUUAAAAACAGCGCAUUCUCAAAUGAUAAAGUUACAAAAACAAUUUUGUGAAAAAGUUAUCAAUUAUCUACGGCAAUUUUCAAAAACUGGAAAAAAUUACCAUAAAUUGUUUUCGAAUUUAUAUAAUAAAAUAGUUUCUCUUUACGGUAGAUGGGGAAAUUGUGCGGAAGAACGUAUUUAUUCUAAAACAAACAUGCACGUCUUAAGCAUGUUAGUAAUUUAUGUGAAACCACUUGUAAAAUAUCUAUCUGACAAUGUUAAACAACUUAAAGAGAAAAUAAGAGAGGUAAAGAUGAUGACACAAUUUCUAAAGGAAAUAUCGGAUAGUGUUAAAAUUAGAAAAAAGCAACCGUCAAGGAUAUUUGAAGAAUUAGAAGUGUAUGGAAGUUAUACGUCAAUUCCUAAACCAGUUUUUUCGAACUUGUUUGAUCUCUUAAGAUACAUAGCAAAAGAUAUUUUACCAAAAACUGAUUGUUACUGGGGACAUGAUCUAAAGCUUAUUAGAUCGGGAAAAAGAAGACAAUACAACUAUUUGAAUUCACCAGUUUGUCCCAGCUCUGAAAUACAGGAAACGAUAAAGAUUAUUGAAUCAGGUGUCAAAAAUAUAACGAAUCCAUGUCUGAUACAUCGACACGUGAAAGGCAAUAUAUUUCGAAGUAAAUAUUUAGUUCUACGAUAUAUUGCAGAACAUAUAAUUCCUACAUCAAAUUGUUACUGGGGAUACAAUCUACAGACCAUUCGACUAAAUCCAAACCCAAUUGAACUUGAGAUGGUAAAAAUAUCCUCAACGCUUUUUACAAUGCUUAAAGUCUUUUCAAUUGUUAACAUAACAGAAGCAACCGUCCAAAGAGCGAGGGCAUAUAUGUGUUCGAAAUCUUUGAUUUGUGGUGAAAAUUGGCAAUCGUUUAUUCUGUGUUCUGUAUGGAAAGAUUCUGUUGAUCCGAAUGUUUUGGAUUGCAGAGGAAAGUCCAGUUCAGUGCGUGAUAAAUACUGUGUUCCUCCACAAGACCGAUUCCAAGAAUGCGAAUAAAACUCUCAAACUUGAACUGUAAUGCAACCUAACACUGUUUGAUAAGUAAUAUAAAUAGCCAAAUAGGCAAAAUCUGCGCAUACUUUUAUAAAGAAAAUAUUUUACAUAACAUGCAAACUACUUUGUGUGUGUGAAUGUAU